UUUUAAAUAACGUUUAAUAUAUGAACUAUAAUAACUAUGAAGUUUAGUACGGACGUUAAUUAACAUAUGCAGCAUUAUUUAAUUUCAAACCGUUUGGUUUUUUUCCCUGUAAAAUCAACUUAUUGCAAAAUGUGACAUUACGUCGAUUAUGGAUUAGACAAAAUGGCCGUCGUGACCUACGUCAUCUGAAUAAGAAUGCAGAAACAAUGAAUCAUACAAUCAUGUUACCCUGAUUGAAAAUGCCAAGAGCCAACCCAACUGCCUGCAUGUUUACAUGCAGCAGUAUAUCAAGGGGAUGAGUUAUCAAGUGACAGGAUGUCAAAGGCAGCAUUAUCUGGUGACCUUGACCUUGGGAAGAAGUCAAGGUUAAGCUUUUUCCAGUCUUUGACGGGAACAUUAGUGUCAGUGGAAUUACUGGAUAUGAGACCAUCUCGAACUAGACGCCAGAGUGCCCGUCGCGUGAUCUUAAAAGCCAGUAUAUUAUCAGUUAUACUGUUGUCUAUAGCCUUCAUCAUUACCUACAGUGUGAUACUGACGUACGUGAGCAGUAAGGUUCCACUGAUGAGACAUCAUGAAUCAUCACAAGGUGAAAAAUCAAAGUCAGGACGACGCAUGAAACUUGUGGCUCGUCCUUUGGACGCUGUUGAUAAGGACAACACUUUAAAGUUUAGUAGUAAUAGAGUUGUAAAAUGGAAUAUCCAAAGCUACCAUGAUAGCUAUAGUUUGAAACCACGCUGUAUGAACGAUACAAGAACUGUAAUACUCAUUACCUCCGCUGUUAAUAAUUUUCAGCGAAGAAAUUCAAUAAGAAAUACUUGGUGCAGUCCAUUUAAUUUUAAUUUGUCGUCUCUUCCAUGGACGUGCGUUUUUUUGGUUGGCCGAAGUUUAAAUGCAAAUGAUUAUUUGAAUUUACAAACAGAGUCUCGUAAAUACAAUGAUAUACUCACUGGCAGCUAUUUAGAUUCUUAUAGGAAUCUAACAGUGAAAAUUAUGCAUGGUUUCGACUGGGUGAGACAGUUUUGCAAGUCAGAUUAUGUGUUGAAAACUGAUGACGAUGUUUAUGUAAAUACAUUAUUACUUGAUGAAUUAGUCUCCAAGAAUACUCAAAAAUCUGAUGUAUAUAUAGGAUUAGUUAUGCAGACUGAUAGUCGAUUAGAAGUGAUUCGGAAUCCAGAAAGCCGGUGGUUUGUUUCAAUGGAUGAAUACCCAUCAUCUCACUACCCUCCAUACGCAAGUGGGAUGGGGUACCUGUUGUCAAAAGAUGUUGUGGCUAAAGUAGUGGAUGCAAGUAAAUAUAUCCUGCCCUUUGCCAAUGAAGAUGCUUACGUUGGGGUGCUUAUUAACAAUAUUGGUGUCCGACCUGUUAGAAGUGGCCGUUUUACUCUGACAGGCUCAGGACUACGGACGUGUAAUCUGGUGUAUUUAGUGGUGGUGCAUCACAUCUCUGCGGAGGAGCAAUAUACCAUGAUGGAGCGCAGUAAAAAGGCCCAGCAAACAUGCCUUGAACCAACAGAGCUCUCUGUACAUGCCUGGAACUAGACCCUGCUGUUGGGCUUACAUACAACUUACAAAUUUGCAUGGAAACAGUGACAAUUGUCAUAUGAAAAGUCUUCAUUGCUCCCACAAUGUGACUUCAAGAAAUGUGACUUCAUCUGCGACUUUUAACUGGGAAUCUCAUGGAAAAGCUCAGAAGACUUAUUGUGCUGCACAUAAAUGUAUCCCUACAUUCCAAACCAACCUGAACCAAGCACCUUGUUGAUACCAAAAUUUGAUGCAAUCUCAACGCAGAGUUGUCUUUUCAUGCUCUCACAUACAAUCUUAUAUUUUUUUGUUUACGUAUUAUAUAAUGAAAAGUAGCAUCAUUUACUGUCAUACUUUGAAAAUAGUGUAUACCUCUAUGUUCAUAAUAAAAAAUACAUUACCUGAAUUUAAAAAAAGUUUAAAUAACAAAGGGAAAAUUAUUGUACCACGUGGCUUGACUAUCAACAUGUGGUUGUAUAUGAAGGCAGUGAUUCCAUCCAGCUAUGCUUGUUCCAGUCAAAUCUCUGCGCUGAGCUUGCGUCUGAUGAAGCGACUGAGUGCUACAGAUCUGAUCUUUGUAAGCUUCUGUAUGAUAUGGAUGAAGCAUUUAACCCAGAUUCUGUCCAACGGUAUAAUAAUGAUGAUUGUGAUGCAUGUUUAUGCUACCUGUAGUCAAUUUAAGCUAUUAAAUAUGUUUGCUGUAUCUCUAGUGAAAAUGUGGCAGUAUUUUUACUGCUUAUAUAAAAUGUCUUGUCUGCUUUGGUUUGCUCGAAAGUUAAACAAAUAAGAAUAUCAUAUAAUUCUAAACAAAUUGGUAUCUUAUAUCCAAUACAUGGGUGGCUUUAGAAAAAUGUUGUAAUAAUUACUCAUAUGUUUGAAAUUCAAACUGUUAAAAUUAAAAAAUACUUGUAUUGGCAAAAAUGUAGCUAAAUGAUGCGCAUUUAACAAAAAUAUGUUUUUCAACUGCAUUUAAAGAGAGAAUGUCAUUUGGUUUUCAUAUCACAACGCAAUUUAGUCGACAUUGUCAAUUAUUUACCAUAACAUGUUUUACUUACCGUGAAAUUGUUUUGCUGCAGAUAGAAACAUGUCUCAGGACGAAAAAUAUGCUAAGAUUAAAAUUAAUUUUCCUGGAUAUAUUUGCAAUAUUCAUUGAAUAUGUAAAACAGAAACAAGUAUGCCUAUAUUUGCCAUUAUUGUUUAUUAAAAAGAAUUAUUUAUAAUUGUGCAGUUUAAAAUUUAAAAUGAAUAAUAUUCUCAUAGAUAUAGACAAAAUAUAUUAUACAAUAAUGAGAACAAUAAAUCGAUGUUUAGA